UAUGGGGUAUUAUGGCUCAAAUGGCCACUAUAACACUCAUGCAGACUCCGAUCAAACUCCGAUAGUCGUGGCACAUGCCCUCAGUGGGAGAUAGCCAUUCAGGAAGAGAAGAAGAAGAAGACUCCGAUAGUCAUGGUUACGGGGAAAUUCGAACGAUUAUCCUGAUAUUGAUGUUCGCUUUGGUUCAAAGAAGUAAAGAUCUGUUAGUCAUGGAUCCAAUUCUCAUGUUUCCAAAGAUCAGGAAUAAUCACGAAUAUUAAUUAAGACAAGACCGGGAAGCUUCGAUGUAGUUGCGCUACGAGACUUUCACGCUUUUUUUCAAGGGACAGGGAAACUGCCUGGAGAAUUGGUGCGAACAAUGUACAUUAUUUUUUUUUCUACUUGUCAACAAUAUACUUCAGAAUAGUGGACGAAAAAUAAAAUAAAAAAUGUUCUGGAAGAAAAAUUAUUUUCUUUCGUACCGCCGCGAGUAGUCUCACGCCGGAGUGUUCGGUAGUUCUUUGAAGGAAUAAAAAAACUUGUAAAAAAUUCUGCAAAACAUUGACGAGGCAGAUCACCGAUUAAAAUUGCUGCACGAUUCCCAACAACGAGAUCACCAAAUUGAGUCUUAUUUGAACACGAUCACGCUAAUCAUCAUUCUGACAGUUACGAUCAUAUGAAAAUGAAAAUCAGUCGAAUCCAACAACACCGAAUAUAUAUAUAUAUAUAUGUGUUAGUCGAGUGUAAUAAAAAAAACCGAAACAUAUCUUUAUAUCGACUUAUUUAUUAGGGAAUGUACGAAUGUCGGCUUUUAUUCUUGAACAUGCAGUCUCUAAAACCGAUCAAAUAACCUAUAACAUCAGCGAUUUUAUGCUCGCCGAACGAUCAUGCCCCGAAACACGUUGAAUAUAUCUCACUAUCUCGACUAUAUCAUCAUCCAACACCUCUGACUUCGUGUUCUCCUUGCAAUUGUAGGCUCAAUUGUAUGGUCACCCCCAUUGUAAACAUGAACUUGUUUCAUAACUUUCAAACUGGUGCAAACCAAAUUUCAAAACUCUACAGAGUUCCUGAAUAAAAUAAUCGAACUGAUAUCAAAGACGUGAAUUGGAAAAACCACGUUGAUACGAAAUGAACUGGAUUCAUUAAUAAACAUGAAUACAUUAAAAACCGUGCAAAAGUUAUCGUUACGCGAUUGUUAUCGUGUACCGUAUCCGAAUUUCAAGGUUAACCUUGCAGAAAACUCAAAAAAUAUUCAAAUAAAAAUAAUUCAAAAAUUACGUAAAUUUUGUGUCGUAUCUGCAAGUGAAGACAAAGAAUAUGACAAUGCAAGAAACUUUCAAAGUACAUCAAUAAUUGUAACAAAUAUUGACUCCAAAAGCUUAAACAAGGUUACUUCAUUUACUACAUUGAAAAAUGAGAAAAAGUGCAGUGGACUUUUUAGUCAACAUAACUCUAUACUCUCACCCUCGGAUCCUAAUUUCCAUUAUAUCAAUGUGCGGAGAUUCUCAGACAAAGCCUCCGAAGCAGUGAUUACUUUCCCUCAUGCCGAAUUAUCUGGAAUAUGGAAAAGUGUAGCAGAAAGCUCAGCCGUUGAGUAUGUCCAAAGUAGUCUCAUCUGGCUCCACACAACUACAGGGCUGCCCUGGUGGGCUACGAUUAUUCUUGCUACCGCAUCUUUCAGAAUGUCCAUUAUUUUUCCUCUUACUCUGUAUCAACAUUACAUAGGAGCAAAAUAUUUCAACCUCAGACCUGACAUAGACAAGAUGGUAAAGGAGCUCAAAAUGGAAACUAAUUUUGCCGUCCAUCAAUAUAAAUGGAGCGAAUCUUAUGCUAGGGCUGUUUACAAUCGUUCUUUCAAGAAACAAAAACAGAAGCUUAUUGAAAAGGAGAACUGUCAUCCAAUGAAGACCUUCAUUUUAGCCAUUGUUCAAAUUCCUAUGUGGAUUACUUUAACCACAGCUCUGAGAAAUUUGUGUUUCAUCCUGCCAUAUCAUACCGAAAAUGCACGCACAAUUUACCUCGAGCUAAUGACAGGUGGAGUUGGUUGGAUCACAAAUUUAACCGUGCCCGAUAGCACUUUUAUAAUCCCUGUGACUCUUGGUCUAUUGAAUUUAUUGAUAAUAGAAAUGCAACAGCAUUCGGUAAUCAGAUCAAAGCCCACAAAAGCAGGAAAAAUAUUAACGAACACUGCCAGGGUUUUCUCUCUUGUUAUGGUCCCCAUUGCUGCAUAUGUUCCAUCGGGAGUGAGUCUAUAUUGGGUGACUAGUAGCGCGAUUGGAGUUGCUCAAAAUUUGAUUGUAGUUUCACCGAGUCUUCGACGGCUAGUUGGUAUACCACCCACCGAAGUCGAACUUGAGAAGCCAUACAGUCAUAUCUACAGCAAUUUUCGACGUAAAAUCGGCCUGGGAAAUGUUGUUUCUACCGAAAAUGUCAAAACUAUUGCGAAUACGCAAAAUACAAUUAAACAUCCUUAAGUCUGUUGAUUCAUACGAGUCUUUUCGACGUCGGAUUAGAAAAAUUUUUCAAUCUUGUUACAACAGGGUUCGAGCCCCGAUGUCAUCCUGCGUAUAGCGGACAUGCCUCAUAUCCAGGAAAUUGUACAAAGUUUAUUCAAUGCCACAUGGGACGAACAUUUGUGAAAAACUGUGAUAGAGGGACCGCUUGGAAUCCACGAAUAGGACUGUGUGAUCAUAUCCACAACGUUCCUCAAUGCGUAGAUGCAGGUGA